CUCAUCCCUCUCUUAAUAUUCAUCAAGUGCUUGGUGUACCGAAACUCACAACCCCGAUCUUUCUAAAGGAAGACGAGAAUAUGUUUGACUAAUCCAACAUAGAAGAACAUCUGUGAAUCAACUUACUAUAUAUAUAUAUAGGUAAUUAAAUUUCCCUUGAAAAAUUUAAUCAACUCUCGGAAAAUGUAGAUUCUCCUUAACUAAGAACAAUAUAUUUAGUUUUAUAGCACUUUGUAGUAAUAGAAGAAAAAAUUACGGAUGAUGGGAGUUGAUGACUUCAUCAGCGCUUGCAACCAGGAUCCUUGGUAAAGAGGAGUUGCAUGAGAUUCAGGUGUUCCAAAGGACCUGCAAAGGUUGUAUUGUCGGGUAUACGUUGGAACCCUACUUAUUCAUAAGGAUUGAAAUCCGAAAAAUAUCUUGAAAUUGGUAAAAAUGCCGCCCGGCUGCACCUGUGAGAAGAAAAGAAAGCAUCCCAUAUUCAUCUUGGUGCUAGAGUCAAAGUUAGGGAUAACAGUAUAAAACUUGAGUUAAUUCAUUUGCCCUCUUUUGCAGCUCAAUUUCGAAUGUCCUCUCGUCGGGCUAUGGGCAACAGAGAGGAGUGGAAAAUGAAGUCGGUUUGUUAAGAUUGUUGUGCUCCGUAAUUGACGGAUUUGAGAACCACAAAGUAGGUGAGUGUCCAAAUGUAACGUAAAAGGUGAAUUUUGGGUUAAUUUGGUCCAAAUAAAAGGUUAGUGUCCAUUUUCAACUUCAUAAAUAACUUUAAAUUUUGAUCUUUAUCCCUAUAGCAUAAUCUAACCACACGUAGCAGGAAAAAAAUGGCCACUUUUUUGUCUCUCUACACUCCCUCUUCAUCUUCCUUUCUCACACUCGCAAAAGACUCAUCUUUCAUGAAAACAAAGCCAUGUCUCCAGUAUAAUCCCCGACCACUCUUUCUAGCUUCUGCACACCGUACCGAAGCUGACCAAGAACUACCAGAGCCUAUCAGAACUCUUUGGCAAUGGGGAUGUGAUGAAGGAGUGAUAUCAAAGAAGACACCAGUGAGGCUAGGAGUUGUCCCAGAAGGACUAGGGCUUGUCGCCACUAAAGACAUUGGUAGAAAUGAAGUCGUUUUGGAAGUUCCCAGAAGGUUCUGGAUCACUCCAGAAACAGUUGCAGAUUCAGAGAUUGGGAGUGUGUGUUCUGGGAUGAAUCCCUGGGUUGCUGUGGCUCUGUUCUUGCUUAGAGAGAAGCACAGGGAUGAUUCCAAGUGGAAAUCCUAUCUUGAUGUCCUCCCAGAUUGCACCAAUUCUACUGUUUUUUGUGCAGGUCAGAAGAGGAGCUUGCUGAGCUUCAAGGGACCCAGCUAUUAAGCACGACUAUAGGUGUCAUAGAAUAUGUGCAAACUGAAUUCCAGAGAGCUGAAGAGGUCAUACUUCGAAACAAACAGCUUUUCCCUUUCACUAUCACAUUGGAUGACUUCGUUUGGGCAUUUGGAAUCCUCAGGUCAAGGGCGUUUUCCCGUCUUCAAAAUCAAAAUCUUAUUUUGACGCCAUUUGCUGACUUGAUCAACCACAGUGGUAGAGUUACAUCAGAAGACCCUGCCUAUGAAGUUCGACGAAUGGCGGGCUUUUUCUCCAGGGAUUACUUAUUCUCUUUGCGAAGCCCCUUAGCAGUGAAGAAAGGUGAACAGGUUUUCAUCCAAUAUGAUGUGAACAAGAGCAAUGCUGAUUUGGCUCUGGAUUAUGGUUUCACUGAUUCAAGUCCACAUCGUGAUGCAUUUACGUUAACGCUGGAGAUCUCCGAGUCUGAUGAGUUUUAUGGGGACAAGUUGGACAUUGCAGAAUCAGUUGGUUUAGGAGAAACGGCUUACUUUGAUAUAAAGUUAGGCAAACCUCUCCCCCCUCAAAUGCUUCCCUAUUUGAGACUAGUUGCACUUGUUGGUCCUGAUGCUUUCCUCCUUGAAUCAAUAUUCCGGAAUGCUGUGUGGGGCCACCUGGAACUACCCAUUAGCCGUGCAAAUGAGCUGCUCAUAUGUAAAAUUGUUUGUGAUGCUUGCUCGUCUGCACUUUCGGGAUACAGUACCACUCCUGAAGAGGAUGAGAAGAUGAAAAAAGCAGGAAGCAUGAGUCCAAGACUGGAGAUAGCAGUGGGGGUAAGGGGAGGUGAGAAGAAAGUGUUAACGCAGACGAACAAUAUAUUUAGAGAGAGGGAAGAGGAACUGGACGAGUUAGAAUACUACCAAGAGAGGAGGCUCAAAGAUCUUGGUCUGGUUGGUGAACAAGGUGAAAUUAUCUUUUGGGAGCCGCCUCAAAAAUAGAGGACACCACACCUGCGCAAAUCUCGUCUUAUUUACAGUUUACAAUGAAGUACUCCCACCCUUUCCGAAACAAUUUUCACUUUUCGACUAGACAUUUCCCGAUUUAAAAACUGCAUUAAGUUGUAACAAGAGAACACACUUCACAAAUUUGUUUUAGCAACUACUUCGAAAUGAUAUCAGUAAAGUCUAUACUAUAAAUUAUACGGAGUAAUGGUUAUAGAUCGAUAUCUAUAGCUAUUGAAGUAGAAGUUUAACAGUUACUAUUGUUUGGUAAAGUUAUUAUGUGAUGAAGUGCAAUGUGAUUACAUUAUUUGCCCUUGC